AUGACUUCUUUAUUCCAGUUAACCGGCAAGAUUCUACUGGCGCUGUGUUGCGUCAGAACAGCAACUGUUUUUGCGGGAUUAUUGCCAGAGGCUGAUAGCAACGGUUACCAAUACAACAGGCCAAUAACAACAACUGGCGGAGGAGCAUUUACUGGUCUUGGUGCUAUUGUCGAUCCUUCUAAUAGACGAUCUGGAUACACUAGAGAUAGUUCAUCUGGACGAUUACCGUUGGGAUUGAACCCUUUGACAAGUUCAGGAUUCGGUGGAAGUGGGAGUGGGAGUGGGAGUGGUAGUGGUAGUGGUAGUGGUAUUGGCAGUGUAAUUGGUGGUGGUAGUGUUAAUGCAUUUGACUUUGGGGGCAGAACAACAAAUACCUACAGUGCACCUGGAUUUGCAAACGAUUUUGCUAGAGGUAUCGGUUACAAUUCAAGGCCGACUAAUACGUACAAUCUUCCUAAUGGAUACAAUUCCAUUGGAAACUAUCAGGGGGACGGAAGCAUUGCUCCUGGUUACAACGGAAUCAAUGAUCCUUAUCGUAAUCGCUACGAUCUAGACGACAACCGACCUCGGCCCUAUAGCUUUCAAUACCAAGUGUUUGAUCCACCGAGUGGUAACGAUUACGGCCAGCAGGAGUCUAGCGAUGGAAAUGUUGUGCAAGGAGAAUAUCGAGUUCUUUUACCAGACUCGAGGACACAAAUCGUUAAAUAUACGGCCGACAAUGUCAACGGAUACAACGCAGACGUACAAUACGAGGGUCAAGCACAGUAUCCCAACACUAUAACUGCUAACUCUCCCACUUCAGUGGGCUAUCAAUUUCCUGGUUCAGCUUCUGAGGGUCCUUAUCAGCCGCCCGGUUUUCCUGGUCUUAUUCCCUAUCAAGGUAAAAGAGGUGGUGUUGGUGGUAUUAGUGGUGUUGGUGGCUACAACAGGCCCAGUGGAGACAGAUUUACUGGUGCAAAUAACAACAUCUUUGAUAACAGUGGCGGUGUUGCCGUAGGUACUCGCCCUGGCAAUCAAUACUUACCUCCAACCGGUGGAUAUGGCAAAUGA